CAAACCACCCUUCGGUUUUUUUCUCACAAGUCGCAACCGUAAAGCCAAACCCCAAGCUCUACAGAAAACAGCCAUGGACCUCUUCUCAUAUUUGGAGUGCCUGAAAUUGGAUUCCCAAUCGGAGGUGCUCCAUAAGGACGGCGGCGGAAAGGACCUUUUAUCGCCAGAUACGGUCCCCCUCAACUGCAAUACGCGAAUAAUCGGUAGCAAGGUUGAAGAACAAAAGGCUGCAAAACAAUGCCUUGAAAAACCUUCGCCUCCUCCUAAUGAUAUAUUUGGUAGGAAGGUUGAUGAACCAGAGGAUAAGAGUUCUAUAGGUGAAUGUUUGUAUUGUUUAAAGGUGGGUGAUCACAUUUCACACUUUUGCCCUUACAAAUCUAAUGUACCAGAGAACGCCGUUGUUGGCAGUGGUUGUGUGGUCAAUUGCAAGGUUUGCGGCUGCCGCUUUAGAGGCUCAUGUUGUGCCAAAUGUGGCAUAAGCCUAGGACGUGCAAUCCUCAAGAAUUGUUCAAUAUGUGAGAAGGUAGGUGAACACAUGAAUUACGAGUGCCCAAGCCGUGAGAAGAAAUAUUAUCCUUCUGUUGUUUUUAAGUGCGACCCUUAUACCGGUGGUUUUUCUUUCGAGUAUGCUCCAUUGAAAGAGUAGAAUGGAGAGUUUUUAAAAAAAAUUUAUAGGAGGAAUAUUAUUUUUGGGAAGUAAUUGAAGUUGGUCGCGUGCCUUUGCUAAUUCUUGAAAUUAAGCUGUAACUGAUUUUGUUUGGAUUGUUUGUAGAC